ACAUGUGAGUCAAAUUCCAUAAACUAUUAGAAUUUGACUUGAUCCAUUCUCUUAUGCUCUCUGUGUCUUGCACUAAGUUAAAGAAAGUGAGAGAUAUAAAAUUCAAAGGCUAAAUAACCAGAAAAUAUUCAUUCAAAUUUCAAUAUUCUUCAAAGAGGGUGGUGACAAUUCUCGUUAAAGGCAGAAACAUAAAGAGAGCAAAAGCCAGAUGUUCCUCACAAGAGUCCUCCUUCUGGUUGCUUUGAUUUCCACGGCACUGGCUGGGCCAUGGGCUACCAUAUGUGCCGGCAAGUCCUCCAAUGAGAUCCGGACCUGUGACAGCCAUGGCUGUGGACAGUACUCUGUCCAGAGAAAUCAGAAGCCUCACCAAGGUGUGGAUGUCCUAUGCUCUGAUGGAUCAACUGUGUAUGCACCAUUUAAUGGAAUGAUUUUGGGCCAGGAGAAACCUUUUAGAAACAAAAGCCCCAUCAAUAAUGGUGUUCGGCUGUCUGGAAGAGGUUUCUGUGUCAAAAUUUUCUACAUUAAGCCAAUUAGGUACAAAGGUUCCAUCAAGAGGGGAGAAAAACUUGGAACUCUACUGCCCUUGCAGAAAGUUUACCCCGGUAUCCAAUCACAUGUGCACAUUGAAAACUGUGACUUGACCGAUCCCACUGUGUACCUGUGAGCCGAAGACCAAGACAAGACCUUAUCAGUAAAAGCCAUCGCCUUAGAAACUUUGAUGCCUGCCUCAUAUCUGAAGAAGCCUGUAUUCAAAUAGAAACAAAAUAAAUGCAAGAAAGAUGAA